AUUUGAAUAUCCGGUGAGCCCCGCCCCCUCCCGGAGGUAUCCGGGAAGGAGAGGCGGCGGCGGCGCUAGCGGAGGAGCCCGUGGCCCAAGAGCCGGUUGCAGGGGACACUACAGCCUGCGGCCUCCUCCGGGCCUGGCCGGUCCAGCCAGCGCCGCUCAGGUUUCUGGUGCCAGGUGGUUAAAGAGGGAAAAUGAGAAGGUUUUUGAGACACGGACAUGAUCCCGUAAGAGAGAGGCUCAAGCGUGACCUUUUCCAGUUUAACAAGACUGUAGAACAUGGAUUUCCCCACCAGCCCAGUGCAUUGGGAUAUAGCCCCUCUCUCCAUCUUAUGGCUAUUGGGACCAGAUCAGGAGCCAUCAAACUAUAUGGAGCUCCAGGGGUGGAGUUUAUGGGUUUACAUGAAGAAAACAAUACCGUCAUGCAGAUACACUUUAUUCCCGGCCAGUGCCAGCUGGUGACACUGCUGGAUGAUAACAGCUUGCAUCUCUGGAGCCUGAAGCAGCGUAGUGGGGCAUCUGAGCUGCAGGAGGAACAACGCUUCACACUACGAGGGCCUCCUGGAUCUCCUCCAAGUGCCACCCAGAUAACCGUUGUCCUUCCACAUUCAUCGCGGGAAGUUCUGUACCUUGGCACUGAGAGUGGCACUGUCUUUGUGGUAGAGCUCCCAUCCUUCAGACUGUUAGAGGAUAGGACCAUCACCUCUGAGGCAGUGCUGCAGCGGGUGCCAGAAGACUAUCGUAACAGGCGGUCGUUUGAAUUGGUGGAAGCUUUACGGGAGCAUCCCAGGAACCCUGGCCAGAUUCUGAUUGGAUACAGCAGGGGCCUCAUUGUCCUCUGGGACCUGCAUAACAAAAGAGUGUCGCACCACUUCCUGGGCAGUCAGCAACUGGAGAACCUCUUUUGGCAGAAGGAUGGCCGUCAAAUCAUUAGCUGCCAUUAUGAUGGAAGUUAUGCCCAGUGGCCAGUAUCCAAUGAUAACAGGCAGCCUGAGCCCCUGGAAAGCAAAGUGCCUUAUGGUCCUUUCCCUUGCAAGGCCAUUUCCAAGAUUUAUUGGCAGACGACAAAGAAUGGGCUACCUUACAUUAUAUUCCAAGGAGGGAUGCCCCGGGCUAGCUAUGGUGACCGGCACAGUAUCUCAGUCGUCCAUGGCAGCCAGCAGAUUGCCUUUGACUUUACAUCUCGGGUGAUAGACUUCUUUGUCAUCUGCAAUGCAGAUCGUGCUGCAGAGUUUGAUGACCCCUCUGCUAUGGUGGUGCUAGCCGAAGAAGAGCUGGUGGUAAUAGACCUGAAGAGUGCAGGCUGGCCAGCAGUCCAUCCUCCAUACCUGGCAUCUCUCCACUGCUCAGCCAUCACCUGUUCACACCACGUCUCCAAUAUCCCACUGAAACUGUGGGAGAGGGUGAUCAGCGCUGGGAGCAAGCAGAACUCUCAUUACUCAGCUAUGCCAUGGCCGAUUGAUGGUGGCACCAACCUGGCUCCAGAUCCUCCCCAGAGGGACCUGCUUCUUACAGGGCAUGAAGAUGGCACCGUGCGGUUUUGGGAUGCUUCAGGUGUUUGCUUGCGCCUCCUUUAUAAGCUGAGCACUGUGAGGGUCUUCCUCACAGACGCAGAUCCCAAUGACAACAUGAACCCCCUGGGUGAGGAUGAAUGGCCUCCACUGCGGAAGGUUGGUUCCUUUGACCCUUACAGUGAUGACCCCAGGCUCGGGAUCCAGAAGAUUUACCUGUGUAAAUACAGCGGCUACCUGACAGUAGCUGGUACGGCAGGGCAGAUACUGGUGAUGGAACUGAAUGAUGAAGAGUCAGAGCAUGUUGUUGACCAUGCUGAAGCAGACUUACUACAGGACCAAGAAGGCUAUAAGUGGAAAGGUCACGAGAGGCUAAAGGCCCGAGAUGAGCCUGUCCGAUUUGAACCUGGCUUCCAACCAUUUGUCCUGGUUCAAUGUCAACCACCUGCUGUGGUCACAGCACUGGCCCUUCACUCUGAAUGGAAGCUCGUGGCCUUUGGUACCAGCCAUGGCUUUGGGCUCUUUGAUCACCAGCAGAAACGACUGGUCUUUGUCAAAUGUACGUUGCAUCCCAGUGACCAACUGGCCUUGGAAGGCCCUUUAUCUCGGGUGAAGUCCUUGAAGAAAUCCCUCCGGCAGUCGUUCAGGCGGAUCCGGAGAAGCAGGGUGUCUAGCAGGAAGCGGCGAGCUGGUGGUGGGAUCACUGCGGAGGUGCAAGAGGCGAAUUCCAAGUUUGACCAUGAUGCAUUACAGGAGAUGGAACUGGCUCCCAUCCAGAGGAAGAUUGAAGCGCGGUCCGCAGAAGAUUCCUUCACUGGCUUUGUGCGCACCUUGUACUUCGCAGACACCUUUUUGAGAGACAGUUCUCGCCACUGCCCCUCCUUGUGGGCAGGCACCAAUGGAGGCACAGUCUAUGCAUUCUGUUUGCGUGUUCCGCCAGCGGAGAGAAGGAUGGAUGAGCCUGUCAGAGCAGAGCAGGCCAAGGAAAUUCAGCUGAUGCACAGGGCUCCUGUUGUGGGGAUACUUGUCUUGGAUGGGCACGGCAAUCCCCUCCCAGAGCCGCUAGAAGUAGCACAUGACCUUUCUAAAAGUCCUGAUAUGCAAGGCAGCCAUCAACUUCUUGUGGUGUCUGAAGAGCAGUUUAAGGUAUUCACGCUGCCCAAGGUUAGCUCCAAACUGAAGCUCAAGCUGACAGCUCUGGAAGGCUGUAGGGUACGAAAGGUGACAGUCGCUAACUUUGGCAGCUGCAAGACUGAUGAUUAUAGUGAAAAUGACCUGGCCAUCCUCACUAACCUGGGAGACAUUCAGAUCAUCUCUCUGCCCUUCCUCAAGUUGCAGAUCCGCUACCCCUGUAUCCGUAAGGAAGACGUGAGUGGCAUUGCUUCCUGUGUCUUCACCAAAUAUGGCCAAGGUUUUUAUCUGAUUUCACCAUCAGAGUUCGAGAGGUUCUCCCUGUCCACCAAAUGGUUGGUUGAGCCCCGGUGUGUUGUGGAUACACCAGAAAUUACGGGCAACAACUACUUGCACAACAGAUCUGGCAUGGAGAAGGCUACAAGGAAAUCCAGGGAAUCAGGCAGGAGUUCUGGUGACCCUGGAGAAGAUGAUGAGAGGAAAUCUGGGAGGUUGAUGGAACAUGCCUUACUCAAUGAUGAAAAAGUUCUGAAGGAGAUCCAAAGUACCCUGGAGGGGGAGAGAAGGAGCUAUGGAGAGAGAAAUUCAAGAAGAAUUCACGUAGGACAUGGACUAAGUAAUGGAGGAGCGGAAUGAUCAGACCUCAGCAAAGCCGCUGUGACUUCCUGGCAUUGGAUUGAGUGCCAUAACACUACUGACUGGGAAAGCCGUCCCAUGGAGAGGAGGCUUCUACUUCUCCCUGCACAGCGGGAGAUAAAGCUGCGAGUCAGCCUCUCCUCUUCCUCUCCCCCUCGUGCCUCACCAGAAACCACCACCUCCUCCUGGAGUCUGCCUUGCACGGAGGCCAGAAGCAGACAGACUGCCUGCUCUGAUGCACCACAAGCCUCUGUGUACGUCUUUGUAACUAUUUUUAAUGUUUGCACAAUUAUCUCUUUUCUACUGGGCUGGGUUUUAAAUUAUAAAUGUUACUGCCCUGGGUGCAGAGUUUUAAUAAACACACUGUUACCUCUGAGUGGUUUAAGAUUAUUUUUUGUACAAUUUUUUAAAUCGUAUGGGUGUUUGUUUUAAUGGAACCGUAUUUUAAUAAUGUACUUUUUUUAAAAAAAAACAAAACAAAUGAAAUAAUAUAUCUGUAAUUUUAGAUCCCUGUGGCUGCUGUAACUGGUAUUUGAAUGAGGCAUUCUGGUUAGGUUUUGUUUGACGGUACUGUUAACUGGUUUUAAGGAUUUGGGUAGAAUCUAUUUUUGUAGCUGUUCAGAUUGGAGGAAAUUUAAUCGAACUUGAUUUGUCUCAACACUACGUUGCUCUUUGUGAAAUAAAUGAAAACCCUCAAUUA